AGUGCCAUUGCUUUUAAAUCAAGCGAGCGCAGCAGAGCGCAGAGCGGGUCCGGUCGGUUCGGUAAACCGUGAAACGGUGUAAAGCGAAGCGAAAGUGUGUACCGAAGAAAAAGUCCGGCAAACCCGGCUCUUUUGCUCUGCAGUUUUUCAGCUACACUAAUUCCGAGACGAGAGCGCCUUUUACGAACACGAACCGAACACGUGAGCCAUCUGAUAGGGGCGAGGAAGGACGCGAAACGAACAGAAACCGAAAGGGCAACCGGGCAACCUGUAAGGUAGUGAAAUUCGAAAGUAAACGGAAACUAGUAAAAGAAGGAAACGCAUAAACUAGCAGAACCAGGUUAUAAAAUGGAAAGACGAAAGAAACGAAAAAACUUAGGCUGUGAAAAUAGAAGUUAAUCAAUUAUGAAAGUGAGAGCGAGAGAGAAAGGGAAAGAGGGAGAAAAAGAGAGAGACAGCGAGCGGGAGAGAGGCAGACGGAGCGUUUGUAUAUGUGUUGUGUGUGUAUAGCUUUGUUUUCUACUCUUUCCAUCAUCGUCUCUGGGCUGGGGUCGCUACGGGCGGAAGCUAUUUUUAAAAGGUCGCGAAGAUUAGAGGACACAGCCCUGGUCCCCACAGUCCCCACAGGCCACUGAUAUGCAUGGUGGUUAAAGUUUUAAAAUGCAACGGAAAGCCGAGGCAGAGUGACAAAUUCAGCUUCUCAGCGAUCUAGCCUAUGGACCUCUAGUAGCUGCGCUGAGGACACCCAUUGUGAUGAUCUUAAUUACUGCAAUCAUCUCGCGAUCGCGCUGUCCUCGGCAGCACACGGCAGUGAACAACACUUGUCGCUGCUGAUUGUAGAUGCUGCUGAGCCCCGCAAGGCUUGUGCCCCUUUCCGGUGUCUAUAUGUCUAUAAAUGUAUGUGUCCCAGUGUCCCGGCGGCAGCAGCAGCGGCACGCAGCUUUAAUCCUUAGUGUAUCUCGAUAUGCUCUGGUAUUCCUCGUUUUGUGCUUAUGUACUUUAAAUUGAAUAUCAACCCGAGGUGGGUGGACAGCACAAAACCGAAGCUAAACACACAAUAAUCAAACAUCCUGGAAAUCGAGGGUGAAAAUUAAGACAAAGCAGACAUGCACAGAAAGGUCGAACGUUCGAACACAAACAUAAUGCUGUCAAGCUAUGAGGGGAUCACCCUUGUGUGGGCAACGUAAAAGUUACCAUCAUUAGUAGUGAAUUAAAUGUUAGUUGUAAUAACGAAGCUGAAGGUUGCAGAGUAGCGAGCGCGAGCGCGAGGAACGCACACGCAAGAAGGAGAAUAAAAAGCUAGAUCGUUAAACAGUAGUAGAUAUUCUUUCGUUUCUUCAUCGACGGUUACGUCGAGGCAGUUAGAGGGCGUGUUUAGCAUACCAUUAUCCCACUAAAGAACGCAAACAGCACUAAACACGAACUGCGUGUGUGAAUCUCAUUGGGUUAAGGGUCAAACAGGAGAAACAGCCAUAAAGAAAUCCGCACACACACACAAACACAUCCAACUCUCGCAAGUCCCACAGCCUCAGCAAGGUACAGCCAAUCUUAAAACAGUGUUUUUAUCACACGGUGUGACCGGUAAACACCGUCAGUCAAUCGGUUUGCCACACACCACAGCACACCCAUCCGCGAUCCGUAUUUUAGUGUAGCGGGUAACCGACAAAUGAGCCCCAAACCCCCGGACGCGUUUUAAACAUAUUUCAAACAUAGGAAAUUGCAAGAGGAUGUGGUACUACGGGCGUCAGGAACGCUGAUUUGCUAGUGUAGCGUUUAGAAACAAACACAAACUACAACGGGUUUAAAAGCUAUCGAUUCAUUCACUGUAUAGAGCGUAACGCGGAGAAGCCGUGUACCGUGUGGCAGAUUGGUACGCAGCAAAAUGUAUAUUUAUUUAAAA